AUUUUCUUAUUCGGUUUAUUUCUCAUCGAGAUUUCUAAGUAGCCAGUUGUGUUAAAGUAUUUUUUUUUUAAUUAGCCUUUAAUAAAACCUGUGAAUAAUGAUUGGGACUAAAUGUGUAUCGAUAUUGUUUUUAGUACUAUUGACUUUUUUAGAAGCAAACGCUCAACUGAGUAAAAGAUUCUUCCGCAAGGACUACACGUAUCUUAUAACAACUGAAGCCUUCUACAAGAUCCAUACGGUACAUAGAACAUGGGCUGAAGCCAAACAGAGAUGCGAAAUGGAAGGAGCCAGCCUGUUCUACGCGGAGACUGAUGAUGAAGCCAAUGACGUCAUAAGCUGGUGGAACCAAACACAACCUUUUUACUGGGUUUACGUGGGGAUAUCUGAUUUGUUGGCCCAGGAAGUGUAUGAGACUAUUGAUGGCCGUCCAGUCCUGGACGUGUACAGCAACUGGGGUCCUGGUGAGCCGAACAACGCCGGUGGUGUGGAAGACUGCGUGAUCCUGCGCAGAGACGGGACGCUCAACGACGACCGCUGUGACAAGAAGUAUCCGUUCAUAUGCAAGAAGUCUCUGAACACCCUUCAGUGGAACAACGAGUGUGAUAUGCCAAAUCAGGAUUAUGUUUACAACGAUGCACUAGGCCGCUGCUACAAGUUCCACACAGACCCGAAGAAUUGGACCGAAGCAAUCACAUAUUGCAGCGCCGAGCAGUCAUACUUAGCCAUCAUCAAUAGCCAAGUGGAAGACGACUACCUGGUCAAACUGACUGAGGAUGCGAAGAAGGAUGGAGUCUCCGGCUUGUCUUUGAUUGGUGCUGUAUAUCUGGGCUUUCAUAAUGUGGAUGGCACUGGAUGGAAGACUAUUAAAGGCACGCCCCUUGAAGACACUGGUUACCCAAAGUGGGGCAACCAACAACCCGAUGGGGGGACCAACGAGACUUGCGGCUCCAUGUUCUACACUGGCCAGUUGAACGACGUGUCCUGUCACCAUAAGAUGUUCUAUAUCUGUGAACAUGAUAUUAAGAACCUCAGCGGAGCCAUAGAUGAACGGUUCAAUCAAUUAAUCGAAUAAAUGAGCCUAUUGCCCCUGACUCCUGCAGACACUUCCCAAUUUUAUUUCAAGUUAUACCUGUCACUUUCUUAUCUGUAGAAAAGGAAGAGGUCGGACGAUUGACAGCUGAUACACUUAAAAUGAAUGAGUGAAUGAAUGAACAACCCGGGCGAAUCAAAUGGGCUGAUUCGCUUGCUACCCGUUUGACGUGUGUUGUCAACUUAACACUGUCGGGUUAUUGGCCAAUAUAAAAAAAAUAGAGGAUUGUUUAAAUUUCUAUUUCAAAUUGACGUUUGUUUCAUUAAAUUUUAUGCCUGUCGAUUACCCGUCCUUUUCUUUUUCGUCGGAUAAGAAAAUGACAGCUGUAGCUUGAAAUAAAAUUCAUAACCAUGUUUUAUUAAAUUCAUUAUUUUCUUACAGAAGUAUAUGGUACUGAGAAGAAUCACUACAUAGUAUAAAACAAAGUCGCUUUUUCUGUCCCUAUAUCCCUACGUACUUACACUUAAAUCUUUAAAAUUAUGUAACGGAUUUUGAUGAGGUUUUUUAAUAGAUAGAGUGAUUCAAGAGGAAGGUUUAUAUACCUAUAUAAUAAUGUAGCAGAGUACAAACUCUGCUCAUACUGGCCUUUCGUUCUGACCGUCAUUUUAAAUUACGAAAUUCUCAUUCUAUUCUGCAUUUCCUUUCAUUUUACACUCUUUUGACUCACUGCAUCCCCGACUUUCAUAAAAACAACACAAGUAUAUUUAUACUGUUUAGGGCCGUGCCUUCUAAUUCUUGAUUCUUUUGUGAAGUGUGUAUAUUGUGAACUUUAUAUAUUCCUAUCCUGUUUGUGAAGUGUUUUUAAUAAACUGUAUAUAUUUCUGA